CCCCCCGGAGCAACGGCGGCGGCAGAUGUAGCUGUGCUAUGAAUGAGAUGAGGAGCUGAUAGAGGGCAGACGGGUGAAUGAUGAAGGAGGAUGAACCGGCCGACGGACUGUCGACGUCGUAAUUUAAAUCCCAGUUGAAUCCCAGUUUAGGGGAAAUAAGAUGUAAGAAAUAAGACUCGUUCAGCAGCGAGAUCACGUCAACAUCAGCCCGUAAAUUCCCAUCACCAUCAGCGCUGGUGAAGCUGAGCUGCUGUAAUCUUGAAGGACGGGACGUGAUGAUAAAACCCGGAGUGUUUUCUGUAUUGUCACCAGAAGGAGCGGAGAUGAAGCUCCGUCUGGAAAGAAGAUGUCUGUCAUCACGGAGUUGCUAUAAUUCAUCACUUUCGAUCGCAAAAUUCUAUAAUACUUAUCCUUAGAGGGAUUUUAAUGGCACAUCGGACUUCGGUAAAGAACCAGCGAUUAAGACUGUGAUUAGUGAAUGGACGUUUUGUUUAAAUCGAGGGGUUAAUACAUAAUAUAAUUUUAAAAUAUUUUUUAUUUGCUCUCUCCGACUUAACUCCAGCUACGACUAUUUCUGUUAAGCUAUCAUCGAAUGGAUGUAGCUAGCUUAUUUAUUUACCAGCUACAUAACAUUAACAUUUUCUCCCUUUUGCUGUUUUCACUUUGGAUUUAAACGGGCAACUUAACCCGCGCGAACGUAGUCUAGCAGUAAAUCAGGCUCCCUCUGCUGUCAGUCUGGUCCCGAGUUUAGCGCGAUAAUCCAGCAUUACUGAGGAGUUUGCUUUUAUUUGGCUAACGGUAGCAGCAACUAGCGCCAGCGCCUCCGUACUGUUCACGGUCAUCAUGCAUGCGCCGACACGUUUUGCUCCGAUGAAAACCUGCCACAAUGAUGCACCCAAGGGCAUAACAACACACCGAGCCAUGUCGGACUGAAAACAGCAGAGUGGCUCCACCAGUCGUGUGCUCACAACAAGCAGAGCGGCUUUAUUUAGAGGGAGAGUGGAUCAGCAGCAGCUAGCCUCCAGCCUGUUCACACCACCCUCAAGAGAGACCAGCGACAAGAUCAUUUUCGGCUCAACUUGGCAGCAAAAUUCAGCAAGCAUGGGUGAGCAGCCCAUCUUCAGUACUAGGGCUCACGUCUUCCAGAUUGACCCUAACACCAAGAAAAACUGGGUUCCCACAAGUAAACAUGCAGUCACUGUCUCCUACUUCUUCGACAGUACCAGGAAUGUAUAUCGAAUCAUCAGUCUAGAUGGGUCCAAGGCCAUUAUCAACAGCACCAUCACCCCCAACAUGACUUUCACCAAGACAUCGCAGAAGUUUGGCCAGUGGGCCGACAGCCGGGCCAACACCGUCUAUGGCCUGGGCUUCUCUUCAGAGAGCCACCUGGUGAAGUUUGCAGACAAGUUUUCUGAGUUCAAGGAGGCGGCGCGAUUAGCCAAGGAGAAGUCCCAAGAGAAGAUGGAGCUCACCAGCACUCCCUCUCAGGAGUCGGCCCCAGGUGAUCUACAGUCACCUCUGCCCUCAGAGAGCAUCAACGGUACAGACGACGAGAGAAUCAGACCACAAACACCUCAGCCUGCCGAAGCCAGAGCAGAGCCUUCCCAGAAUGCACUGCCCUUCUCUCAUAGCUCAUCCAGCAUCAACAAGCACUGGGAGGCAGAACUAGCUGCACUGAAGGGGAACAACGCCAAGCUGACUGCGGCUCUGCUCGAGUCCACGGCCAACGUCAAACAGUGGAAGCAGCAGCUGGCAGCCUAUCAGGAAGAGGCAGAGAGGCUACACAAACGAGUGACAGAGCUGGAGUGUGUGAGUGGCCAAACAACAGCAAUCAAAUCUCAGAAAACAGAACUAAACAGAACAAUAGAGGAGCUGGAGUUGGCUUUAAAGGCCAAAGAGGAGGAGCUGGAGAGACUUAAAGCAGAGGUGGAGAGUGCCAAUGAGUUUAAGUUUCAAAAGGACUCCCUCACACAGAAGCUACGAGACACGGAGUCGAGGAACCAGACGCUGGAGGCUCAGCUGAGCGACCUGGAGCAGCGCCUGGAGAGCAGCCAGCUGGAGAGGGAAGCCUAUCGGAAGAACCUGCGCUCACUGCUGGAGCUGCUGGACAGCAAGAUCUUCGAGCUGACCGAGCUGCGCGACACUUUGGUCAAGAUGAUUGAAAGCAGCUAGAGACAAAGGCGCCGCCUCCUCCUCUUCUUCAGCCACCGAUGCAGCAGCCAGCACUCACAGGUCUGCUCUGAAGAACAGCACCUGCAUCUUACUGCACAUUGGCACUCACAUCGUCACCGACACGACUUGAAAUCUUUUGGGGUUUUUUUUGUCACACGUGUCAAAGUUUACACAUGACUUCAUGCAUUUACGGUACACACUCUUUUGAUGGUUUACAAACAGCCAAGUGAAGCCUUCCCUCUGCUCCACUCUGGAAACCCUAUCUCAUCAUGUAGUUUUUUUUUUUCUUCGUGGCUCUUUUAACAUAAAAGGAGUUAAAAUAGUUUGAACUUUGGUGCAACACUGCAGCAUUUACUUGGAGUCGACGAUGGAUCCACUUUGAGGUCAUCAUCCCUUUUUUCUUCCCACACUUUUUCCAAACUGGUCAGUGAAACUUCCGUCAUCAGCCAAACAAACCCCUCUAUUCUUUCUUUUUGUGUUUCAGUGAAAAAGAGGUAAUCAAAGGACAGCAAUUUGAGGAUGUCUGUAUGUCUUAUAUUCUUAUACAAUAUAUGAGCAAUACAAUAACAGAGCGUCAGAGGGUUUAUAUACACUUUCCACUCUCACUUUCAGGUAAUUUUACUCCUCCCUCGAAUAAGUUUAAACCACAAGCGAGGUGGGAUUUUGUCUUUUUUCUUUCUUUUUAAAGGAUAUAACAACUUCAUAGUGCACUUGUUUGUGUGUGUGUGGGUGAAUCAGAUGUCUUCUUUACCCCUCUUGUUUCUGUUGCAACUUGAAGUGCAAUGAUCGAACCCUUUUUUUAUUAUUAUUACUAAAGACUGAUUAUGAUGAAAGUUGUACAAAAGCAAAAUAUCCUGAUUUACAACUUGUUUGACUUUUUUUUUCCUGGUACGUGGCUCAAGAUGGUUUUCAGAAAAACUGGCAAUAUUUAUUGUAGAAGGAAAACGGAGCAGACGAGCGAAGGUUGCAGAGAAUCCUUUUUUGUUUCUUUUGCCAAAUAACGUUUUCCUGUACAGAUCUGAAUAUUUUGCUGAUGUUGCCUUUGGCACAGAGAUGCAUCAACGGUAGCUAACUUUAUUUUGUUGGAUUAACUAUUGCCAAAAAUUAGAGAAUAUGCUUCAGUAUGUACACCUGGAAUAAAAACACUUCUUAAGGGCUUGUUGUUGGCUCGGGUACACUUGGGAGACUUUGAUGAUUUUAGUGAUGAGUAUAUCACGUUGAAAAUUAUGUAUAUUACAGCUGGAAAGGGAUUUUAUUAUGACUUAUAUAUGUUGAUUAAACCACAUGCAUAAAACACAAAUUGUAAUUUUGAGUUUAUAGUAAAACAAAACCAAAU